AUGCCUCCAUUGAAGUAUUCGGAUCUACACGACGAUUCGUUUUCGCUCACCAAUUUGGACGACGAAAUCAUGGGCACCUCGACACGACGUGUCGACCAGGAGCUCGACUAUGAUAUCAACACUUCAACCCUUGAUCGUGCUUUCCCCGAAUUCUCGCAAAUACAGACCUCCGAGGAAGAGGAACAGGAAUUGGACGACGAACUUUCACAUAGCGACCUCGACAUGUCUGUUGAGGUGGGACGCGGUGCUGGUAAACCAGGACGCGACGAUUCGCGAAGCUCGAUCAUGAGCUUCGAGAACAGUGUCCGCUCAUCCUCCCCGGCAAUACGCGUUGAAUAUCCUACGCCGCAAAAGCCCGCUCCUGUCACGCGCCCGUCGCGUCGUGCCGCCAGUGAAAAUCUACGAAAGAAUGCUCAGGUGCGACGAGCAACUCAGACACAGAAAGAGAACAUGAGCCCACAAGUUUCCAAGGCUCAACGUGACCAGCGUCGGACAUUAUCCGACAUGCACGCGAAAGUACGAGAUACCUACGAAGGUUCAUUUUUGGGAGAUGAACGACCUGCCCCUAUUGCCGCGAAGACGCGCUCGACGCGUUUUGGAAACGCCAACACCUCGCAGGAAAUUGCAGACGCAAUUGAGCGAGCUUCGCGCGAUGCCUAUGCGAAAGAACUGCGCAAAUCUAAUUCCAACACAGCAGGCACUCCUCGCAAAAGCAGUGCCAAUGCAGCCAACACUAACACCAUUGGUGACACUAUGACUCACCAGUCAUUCCUUCUUCCCGACCUCCCUAAUAUUUCUGAACUCGUUUCCGGUGUGUACGAGGAUGGCACACCUGUCUACUCUCGACAGGGCAAAGUACGAUCUACUCGAUUUGUUUCUCCGCUUCAUGAUAUCACAGAUGUGUCUCUCCCCCAUGAACACAUGCCGCUGGACGCGGUGCCAGUUCCUGAAGAUGAGAAGGCCUUGUUUGUUCAUCUGAGGCUGCUUCAGGAUAAGGUGGCAGAGUUGGAGAUGUUCAAGUCCGAGGCGGAAAGAAGGCUGGAUAACUACCGCCAGGAGAACUCAUCUCUGAAGGCGAAUAGAUCCCGCCAGUCAUCAGCGAAGUAUGAUUCGGAGGAUAAUGACUACAAAAAGGCAUCCAAGCGCCUGGCAAAUGAGAACCAAAAGUUGGAUGCAGCCAAUCUCGCUUUACAAAACCAGUUGGACAUUGCAGAUCGAAAGGCUCAGGUUCAAGAAUCCGCCAUCAAGCGCUUGAAUCAUGAUAGAGAGUCGGCUAUCUCGCAACUCGGGGCUGCCUAUCUCGAAACCAGGGAACUCAAGGCGGAGAAUGAGGAAUUGAGACAGGAGAACGCAGAUCUCAAGUCUCAGCUCAAUCGAUCUUCAAGCCGCAAGGCUCGCGAACAGCACACAGCCGAGUCCGAAGUCAGUUCGAAUGUCUCUGAUGCUGAUGACAGCCAAAGUUACAGUGACCGCAGCGCAGAUUUGAGUCGAAGCACAAGAGAUGUCACAUCGAAGAGCAACCGCUCUACCACGAGGACCAAACGACGGGAUGAGUCACGCUCCAAGGUGUCGACUCAAGUAGACAAGGAGAUCUCUCGCCUCGAGAAGGAACGUGCCGAUGAGGCUCUCUUUUCCAUUGAGAUGCCAUCGUCAUCCAGACGCACAUCUGGCUCCAAGUCAUCAAAGGCCCCUGUCCCUCGCUCUUCUAACUCGAAGAGCGCCCGGAAACAGUCCAGCACGAGCAAACAGCGUGUGAAGCGUGUUGUAGUUGAGGAUACCACUGAGCCAGAUGUGUCUGAGCAGAUCAAGGCCGCAUCUGAAACAGAUGUCACUUUGUUGAGUGUUAUCGAUGAAUAUGAGAUCUCUCGUCUACGUAAGACUUUGGAAGAAGAAAGAUUGAUGCGCAAACGACGUUCGAAUGCUCCUAAGGAAACUUCUCCCACAGAGACUGUCAACUCAACCAGACAAAGCAUUCUGAAGACCUCCGCCCCUCGCAAGUCAUCACUCCGCGAACCAAGAGCAGAGAUCCCUCGCCCAGCAUCGGCUAUUGGCGACAUUACUGCCGCCUCAAAAGCAACUACUGAUGAGGAUCGCAGUCUUACAGCACCGAUUGCAGAGCGGCCUCGGCGUCACUCAGACUAUUCGUUACCUGCAACAUCCCAGCGUAAGAAGCAGCGACCUGCCGCUGACAUGACCUCCGCUUUCAUCCUUCCUGACAUCACCCUUCACCACGUGGAUUUGGUAGCCUCUGAUCCCUCUAAGCUGCCCCAAGCUACUCAAAAAGCAUUGGAUAGCAUUUCUCGGCACAAUGGACAGAACUGCACAGUUUGCAAGGGCCGCUCCACCGACGGUUCAUGCAGUCAUGAGUCCGUGAAGGUCACCAAACCCAUUCCUGUUUCGGAGCGUAUGCCCAAGCCAUCCAUCUACAACGAAGAACCAACUAUGCGCCCCUCGCAACCCCCGGCUGUCGCUCUUGCUACCGUCCUGAAGGGCCUCGAGGACGAGCUUUCUCACUUGAAAAUGCAACUGGCUACAUACCAAAGUGCCUAUAACAAGCUUGACGCAUCACUUGGCAAGCGCCCACGCAAGGCGCUUCAGGAAAAGAUCGACAAAAUUUUCAAAGAUAUUGACAUGAAGUCUGACCAAAUUUAUGCACUAUAUGAUGUUCUGGAGGGCCAGAAGCAAGACGGCCAUGAAAUCACCGAACAAGAGGUGGAAAUGACCCUCGAGUCUAUUGGAAUCGAUGUUGGCAUGCCCCAAGCACAUGAUAUCACCAGUAUUACCGAUAAGUCUUCUCGUCACGACCAAACUGAUCUGGACGAUGAGGAGGACCUGCCUUGGGAAGGCAUUGAAAGCUCUUCUGAGAUGACUGGCCACCUUUCUUUGGCCGGUCACUGA